GCUGAUUUUGUAUUGUGGUUAGUUGUAUCCCAGCUGAUAAAUGUAACCUAGUUUUGCAUCACCUUAACAAUAUAACAUCAUUUGAUCUUAUGACAUCAUAAAUAUUACAUUACGAUAUGAUUAAAUAGUCUCUGCUUCACUGAAGUGUCAAAUUUGAUAGCUGCUGCAUAUGAAGAAUUAAUGACUCAUUGUCAUCACUGGAUAUUUUGCACAAAUUUGCUGGCAACGUUGGCCACAGGCAUCAUUCCAAUUUAGCUGAAGACCAACAUGACGCAAAGGACAGAAAAGUAAAAAAUUGAAGCUGCUAGUUCUGUUUCUCAGAGAUGAAAAUGGCUUCUACUUCAGCUGUUGGUAAUUUGAAAGAAGAAUUAAAUUGUUCAAUUUGCUGGAAUAUUUACACAGAACCAGUUUCAUUGUCCUGUGGGCAUAAUUUCUGUCGUAGUUGCAUUGAAAAGAACUGGGACAAAAAAGACACAGGGCUUGGUUACUCUUGUCCAGAAUGUCGAGCUGAGUAUGCUCAAAAGCCUGUGUUACACAAAAAUUUGAAACUGAGUAACAUAAUAGAACGCUUUGAAGCCACACAGAUGAAUGAAGAACCACCAAAAAUCUUCUGUGAUUUCUGUUUGGAUAAUCCCCUCCCUGCAGUGAAAACAUGUAUGAACUGUGAAGCAUCUUUAUGUGAGCAUCAUUUGAGAAAACACUCUGAGAAAACUGCUCAGAAAAAUCACCUAUUGAUUGAACCUGCAAGUUCACUAGAAGACAGAAAAUGUUCAGAUCAUGAGAAGCUCAUUGAAUAUUACUGCCUAGAUGACCAUUCCUGUAUUUGUGUGACAUGUUAUGUUGCAGGCCCGCACAAAAAUCAUGACAUACGCAUUCUGAAAGACAUACACAAUGAGACAAAGGCCAGCCUUUCUGAAAAACUGGAGAAGCUGCAGAGUUGCCGAGCAACUUUAGAGGAAGCUACAAAGGAAUUGCAAGGAACUGAAAUGAACUUAAAGAAAGACAGUGCUGUUUUGAGAAAACAAAUUUCUGACUUGUUUCAAGAAAUCAGGAUGCUGUUGACCAAACAAGAAAAGCAAAUUCUAGACACAGUUAUAACAGAAAAAAAUAUAAAUCUUUCAAAAGUCUUAAAGAAAAUACAAGAAUUAGAAAUUAAAAGAGAAGUUAUUACUCACCUUAUUCAGGAAGUACAAGACCUGAAAAAUCAAAAAGAUCCAUUGUUCUUUAUUAAGGAUUUCAAAUCUACUUAUGAAAGGUAGGAUUUUGGUUGAUAUUGGAAAGCACAAGAGGAAGGGCUGAUAUUGACUGACUCAGCUCAUCCUGUGGAAAUGGGAUAGUGAUCGAAUUAAAAUUACUGCUUAUUCUUGCAGGCUGCUAGAUUAACUGGGACUUGUUCGCCCAAAUGUGUUGACUGGAUCAGACAGAAACCUCCCUAUUCAGUGUAAAUGUAGGAACUCAAUGCAAAUUUGAAGCAAUAUAUGGUAUGAUACACUUGCCAACAAUUUUACCUUGAGGUGAAGCAGUAGUAAGAUAUU